GCCGACGAGCGUGCGGCGUCUUCAUAUCUCCAGCAGCCCACCUUUGUCCAAAUCCAGCUGCAAAAUACCUGCAAAACACUAUCCGUUUUAAAGGAUGAAUAAAACUUCGCGCCCACUUUUGGAGAAACUGAUUCCGACGUGGACGGUUCCUAUUAGACUAUCGUGCUAGCGCUCGUGCAAAGAAACUGUCGCGACCGACACUUGUUCAUACGCCUAGUGGCUGACCUCCAAAGAAAUGUGCAGGCAUAACAGCAAUAAACUAAGUGUUAGAACGAGGGAGACCACCGGCUAGCCUGUGAGCGGCCGUUUCCUCAGCCGCUUGUGCACGCCCUCCGUGCCUUCCAGAACUGUUGGGCAUGGCGGCGGGGGCGCGCCCGGCUAGUCCCACCCCCCUGCCUCCCCUCAGCCAGCCGGGCCGCAGCAAGCCAAAGGCGGGAGUCAUGGCGGAGAGCGGCGCCGUGGCCGGGGAUGCGGCGCCUUCCUCCUCCUCCGAGGCAGCCAGCGCUUCUCUCGGGCGCUGGGAGCGGCUGAGGGGGACUGCUGGGCCGUGGGCUCGGCCGGGGGCUUUGCUGGCGGCGCUCGGCCUCCUGUACUUUCUCCGGGGCCCGCUUCGGCUGCGGGACAACUUGCUGGCAGUGACUGUCUUCUUGAGCACGUUGACUCCAAAAUUCUAUGUUGCACUUACGGGGACUUCCUCUUUGAUCUCCGGAUUGAUAUUUGUAUUUGAAUGGUGGUAUUUCAGAAAAUAUGGCACUUCUUUCAUUGAACAGGUAUCUGUGAGUCAUUUGCGACCAUUGAUCGGAGGAGCAGAGAGCAAUGCUUCUCCUCAGUCAAGUUUCUCUGCCACUAAUGGAGAAAAUGACACAAACAGGCAAAAUUUAUCAGAGUGCAAAGUAUGGAGAAACCCCCUCAAUCUGUUCAGAGGAGCAGAAUAUAGCAGAUACACAUGGGUGACUGGAAAGGAGCCACUCACAUAUUAUGACAUGAACUUGUCUGCUCAGGAUCAUCAGACUUUUUUCACAUGUGAAACAGAUUCACUUAGGCCUUCGGAUGCAGGUAUUCUUUCUUCCUCUGUGAAGGAUAGAAUGAAAGUUAUGCAGAAGGCCUGGCGGGAAAGGAAUCCCCAGGCUCGAAUCAAAGCAGCAUAUCAAGCUUUAGAAUUAAAUAAUGAGUGUGCAACAGCAUAUGUUCUCCUGGCUGAGGAAGAAGCAACUACAAUAGUGGAUGCUGAGAAGUAUUUCAAGCAGGCUCUGAGAGCUGGAGAAAACAUUUAUAGGAAGUCCCAGCAUUUUGGUUCGCAAAGUCCUCAACAUGAAGCUCAGCUGAGAAGAGACACCAAUGUGCUGGUAUACGUGAAAAGAAGACUAGCAAUGUGUUCAAGAAAACUUGGGAGAAUUAAAGAAGCAGUAAAAAUGAUGAGAGAUUUAAUGAAAGAGUUUCCUCUCCUAAGUGUACUGAAUAUUCAUGAAAACCUAUUAGAGGCCCUUCUGGAACUACAGGCUUAUGCAGAUGUCCAAGCAGUCUUGGCAAAGUAUGAUGAUAUCAGCCUUCCAAAAUCUGCAGCAAUAUGUUAUACAGCAGCACUUCUAAAGGCCAGAGCAGUUUCAGAUAGGUUCUCUCCAGAAACAGCUUCAAGAAGAGGACUUAGUACAGCAGAGAUUAAUGCUGUAGAAGCAAUUCACAGAGCUGUUGAAUUUAACCCUCAUGUCCCUAAAUACUUGUUAGAAAUGAAAAGCUUAAUUUUACCUCCGGAACACAUUCUGAAACGUGGUGAUAGUGAAGCAGUGGCAUACGCUUUCUUCCACCUCCAGCAUUGGAAGCGAAUAGAAGGGGCUCUUAAUCUCUUGCACUGUACAUGGGAAGGCACUUUUAGAAUGAUCCCAUAUCCAUUAGAGAAAGGUCACCUAUUUCAUCCCUAUCCCAGCUGCACAGAGACAGCAGACAGAGAAUUAUUACCAACAUUUCAUGAUGUGUCCGUCUAUCCCCAGAAGGAGCUUCCUUUUUUCAUCCAUUUUACAGCAGGGCUGUGCUCUUUUACAGCAAUGUUAGCCCUCCUCACUCACCAGUUCCCUGAACUCAUGGUCAUUUUUGCAAAAGCUUUCUUUGGAACUCUCUUGUCACCGUUAAGCUUCAUGAUGGAGAAGAUUGAGCGCCUCAUGCCUGCUAGUCUUUGGCAUCAACUGACCCAAAUUUGAGAGGACCUCGAUGGCUGGGCCAGCCAGUGUUCUCAGGAACUGUACCAUCAGCACCCCUGAAACAGCAGCAUUUGCAUUAAGGGUGUGAAGGAAGACAAGCCCUAUGACUUGUUUCAUUUUACAUCCUAUUACUGGUGCUUGAGAGUUGCAAUAUCCCUUCUUAAGCCUUAGUGUCUAUAUCAACUAAGGACACACAGCUUAUAUUGAGGGUGAGAGGGGGUGUUGUACUCACUUGAACAUUAGCUGUACCACUUGAAAUUACUGCUUUCUGUAUAAGACCCUCUGGAAAGCAAUAAAUUUGGUAAAUGGUGUGUUGAAA